AUGACUGUUUUCUCCUAUUUUCGUGCUCAGUACCUUUCUUGGUCCCAGAACAUUCCACUGCCAACCAGUCUUAGUGAGAAUGUUUCCCUAAGCUUCCAGUCAUGGCACGAGUUCGACACUUCGGUUGGUCGAUGGAGAUCUGUUCCAGUGAGUAAUGCAUGCAUCGACGGCGACAGACACCAACCACGAUAUGACCAAGAAUCUGUUCACAAAGGAAACUUGGUUCCCGUAACUUGGAACGUGGAUUCCGCCUCGCCUUCGCCGGCUUCCCGUAUUUCAGCCAUCAUCUCAAAUCUAGCUACGUUGGCCCCAGGAGUCGACAUAAUCUUCUUUCAAGAAGUGUCUCGAGAGGGUCUGCGAUUCCUACUCGACGACCCGCACAUUCGCCAAUUUUGGUACUCCAGCGAGGCAGACGAGGUCAACUGGCUCGGACAAUCCUUUGCAAGCAUGACGCUCUUAUCAAAAAGAUGUUUCGUUCACACCAACGGGCCAUCAGGUGUAGCCAAGCCAAGAUUGGGUCCUGUUUGGAGGCUCAAAUACCCAAGUCGCUUCGGCAGAGAUGCACUUUGUUGCGAUAUUUUCCUACCAUCACCGGUACGAUCGUCAUCUUCUCCUGUCGGGACAUCAUACGUGCGUGCUCGAUUGGCGAAUGUACACCUCGACUCCCUACCUAUACAGCCGUCCCGCCGACCUCAACAAAUAGCCGCUGUGGCAUCCAUGCUGCAAAGUGCGAAUCGUGGUCUCGUCGCUGGGGAUUUCAAUCCCGUGCUUACUGAGGAUGCCACACUUAUCUCAGACAAUCAUCUAGUUGACGUGUGGCUUGAGCAUCAUCCGACGGAGUCGGGGUACGCAUGGGGAGUGGAUGGGCAGCAGCCAUUCCCGCCUGGUCGGCUGGACAAGGUUGCUUUGUUUGGACUUCAGUCGCGGUCUAUCGAGGUGAUGCAUCCGGAUGUCAUCAAGCGAAGCCUACAAUGGGGAGAAUCGGCAUUGGACAGCUCUGGGGUCACCGAGGACGCCAGACCGUUACAACAAGGUGAAGAAACUGUGUCGUGGAGCGACCACUCUGGCCUAAGAUGCUCCUUCGGACUCAUUUCAGAGUAA